CCCUCCCCUGCCCCCACCCUCCCCCGCCGCCGGAUACCGCCUCCCUCGCACCCGCCCGGCCAGGGUUCUCUGAUCCCCCGGACCUAGGACCCGGGUUCUCCGGGGCUGCCCCAGCCGGAUCCCCGGUGGGCGCCGGGUCCUGGACCCCCCUCUAUGGCCGCCGCCCCCUCCCAUCCUGCCGGGCUCCCGGGCUUUCCCGGACCGGGGUCUCCUCCGCCCCCCGGCGGCUUGGACCCGCAGUCGUCGCCACCGCUGCUGUCCGCGGUCCCAGGCCCCGGCGUCUCCUUCCACAUCCAGAUCGGGCUGACCCGCGAGUUUGUGCUACUGCCCGCUGCCUCCGAGCUGGCCCACGUGAAGCAGCUGGCGUGCUCCAUCGUGGACCAGAAGUUCCCUGAGUGUGGCUUCUAUGGCCUUUACGACAAGAUCCUGCUCUUCAAGCAUGACCCCACGUCGGCCAACCUCCUGCAGCUGGUGCGCUCCGCCGGAGACAUCCAGGAGGGCGACCUGGUGGAGGUGGUGCUGUCAGCCUCGGCCACCUUCGAGGACUUCCAGAUCCGCCCCCACGCCCUGACCGUGCACUCGUACCGCGCGCCCGCCUUCUGCGACCACUGUGGGGAGAUGCUCUUCGGCCUGGUGCGCCAGGGCCUCAAGUGCGAUGGCUGCGGGCUGAACUACCACAAGCGCUGUGCCUUCAGCAUCCCCAACAAUUGCAGCGGGGCACGCAAGCGGCGCCUGUCGUCCACGUCUCUAGCCAGUGGCCAUUCGGUGCGACUGGGCAGCUCCGAGUCCCUGCCCUGCACGGCUGAGGAGCUGAGCCGGAGCACCACGGACCUCCUGCCACGCCGCCCCCCGUCCUCCUCUGCCUCAUUCUACACCGGCCGCCCCAUUGAGCUGGACAAGAUGCUGCUGUCCAAGGUCAAGGUGCCGCACACCUUCCUUGUCCACAGCUACACGCGGCCCACGGUCUGCCAGGCUUGCAAGAAACUCCUCAAGGGCCUCUUCCGCCAAGGCCUGCAGUGCAAAGACUGCAAGUUUAACUGCCACAAGCGCUGUGCCAGCCGCGUCCCCAACGAGUGCCUGGGCGAGGCGCUGCUCAACGGAGAUGUGCCCAUGGAGGAGGCCACCGACUUCGGCGAGGCGGACAAGAGCGUGCUCGCGGAGGAGCCCUACGACGCCAGCGUGGACUCGGGCGUUGUCCCCGGCUCUCACUCGGAGAGCGCGCUGCAGGCCGGCGAGGAGGACGAGGGCGAGGGAGGCAAGGCGCAGAGCUCCCUGGGCUACAUCCCCCUGAUGAGGGUGGUGCAGUCGGUGCGCCACACGACACGCAAGUCCAGCACCACGCUGCGCGAGGGCUGGGUGGUUCAUUACAGCAGCAAAGACACGCUGAGGAAGCGGCACUACUGGCGGCUGGACUGCAAGUGCAUCACACUCUUCCAGAAUGACACGACCAACAGAUACUACAAGGAAAUCCCACUGUCCGAAAUCCUCACGGUGGAGCCCGCCCAGAACUUCAGCCUCGUGCCACCGGGGACCAACCCACACUGCUUCGAGAUCAUCACGGCCAACGCCACCUACUUCGUGGGCGAGACGCCGGGCGGGGCCCCUGGGGCACCGCACGGGCAGGGGGCUGAGACGGCACGGGGCUGGGAGACGGCCAUCCGGCAGGCCCUAAUGCCCGUCAUCCUCCAGGACGCGGCCAGCACCCCCGGCCACGCGCCCCACAGACAAGCGUCUCUGAGCAUCUCGGUGUCCAACAGCCAGAUCCAGGAGAACGUGGACAUCGCCGCGGUCUACCAGAUCUUCCCCGACGAGGUGCUGGGCUCCGGGCAGUUCGGAGUGGUCUACGGGGGGAAGCACCGGAAGACCAGCCGGGACGUGGCCGUCAAGGUCAUUGACAAGCUGCGCUUCCCCACCAAGCAGGAGAGUCAGCUGCGGAACGAAGUGGCCAUCCUGCAGAGCCUGCGGCACCCCGGGAUCGUGAACUUGGAGUGCAUGUUUGAGACGCCAGAGAAGGUGUUCGUGGUGAUGGAGAAGCUGCACGGCGACAUGCUGGAGAUGAUCCUGUCCAGCGAGAAGGGCCGGCUGCCCGAGCGCCUCACCAAGUUCCUCAUCACCCAGAUCCUGGUGGCUCUGCGACAUCUUCACUUCAAGAACAUCGUCCACUGCGACUUGAAGCCAGAGAACGUGUUGCUGGCAUCGGCGGACCCGUUUCCGCAGGUGAAGCUGUGCGACUUCGGCUUCGCGCGCAUCAUCGGCGAGAAGUCCUUCCGGCGCUCCGUGGUGGGCACGCCGGCCUACCUGGCGCCCGAGGUGCUGCUCAACCAGGGCUACAACCGCUCGCUGGACAUGUGGUCGGUGGGCGUGAUCAUGUACGUGAGCCUCAGCGGCACGUUCCCCUUCAACGAGGACGAGGACAUCAACGACCAGAUCCAGAACGCAGCCUUCAUGUACCCGGCCAGCCCCUGGAGCUGCAUCUCGGCCGGAGCCAUCGACCUCAUCAACAACCUGCUGCAGGUGAAGAUGCGCAAGCGCUACAGCGUGGACAAAUCUCUCAGCCACUCCUGGUUACAGGAGUACCAGACGUGGCUGGACCUCCGCGAGCUGGAAGGGAAGAUGGGCGAGCGGUACAUCACGCACGAGAGCGACGACGCGCGCUGGGAGCAGUUCGUGGCGGAGCAGCCCCUGCCGGGCCCCGGGGAGCUGGGCAGCGCCUGUGUGCCGCAGGACCACGAGAUGCAAGGCCUGGCCGAGCGCGUCAGCGUCCUCUGAGGCCGUGUCCCCACCGGGAACUGCUCGCGGGGAAGCGGCCGCCUGCCUAAACUGGACGGGACACGUGCAGGGCGCGGGGGUGGGGCGAGCUGUCCCCAGAGGCCCCUCCUGGCCCCUCGAUAAUUAAAACGGACUCCUCU